UACAGUAUUUUGACAACAAAAGAAGCUUCAUAGUGGUAUCGUGAAUUUCUAAAAUCCCCGUUGUCGCGGAAAGUGCAUUUAAGUUGUAUUAAUCACUAGCAAGUACAAGGUACUGUACUCUGUCCAUGGAUGCUCAAAUCUAUCCACGCUGCCUCAACCAUCAGUUGGAGGAAUUGGAGCUGCUUAGCUCGAUUUACUGCGCCCCUGGUGAGCUGCAGUUGCUCGACGCCGGCGUUGUGGCCGACUUUAGUGAGCUGCUGAAGCAAGAGCCAAUUGUGUCAGUUGAGCGCUUGAGCUCGCAUCUGGAGUACAUCAUCAAGCUGAGCCUGAGCGGCAGGCGCAGUGUGGAUGUGCGCAUUGAGCUGCCGCAUCUGUAUCCGCUGCUUGAGCUGGCCAAGAUUAGCGUGCACACUACGCUGCUGGACAAGGCCAAGCAGCAGCAUCUGAAGCAACAAACCGAAGAGUUCUUGGAGCAGCAGCGCGACACUGAGCAGCCGUACAUAUAUCAGCUGCUAAGCUGGCUGCAGGAGCAGAUCGAGGCGCUCAUGCAGCGUGCGCUGAGUACAGCCGAGUCCAGCCUGGUGGAGGAGCAACAGCAGCAGCAGCAGCUGGGCAAGACGUGCGCACUGGAGCGUCAUUGGAUAUACUUGCAUCACCUUAAAUCAAGCGAUAAGCGCCAGGAGAUUGUGCGCCUGGCCAGGCACUUGCAUCUGAGCGGCUUCAGCCGUCCCGGCAAGCCGGCCAUCAUUUGCGUAGAGGGUGCGCCGGAGCAGCUGCACGAAUAUUAUCGCAGCAUUAAGGGAUUGCACUUUCAAAAGAUAAGCCUGGUGCGCAUUGAGCAGCAGCAGCGCAAGCGGCGCUUCGAUGGCUUCCAGGAGCAGCUCUUCAACGACAGCGAGCAGCCGAGCCAGGAGAAUAUUAUGAGCAUGUCGCAGUUUAUCAAAUUCCUAGAGAGCCACAACUCUGGCUACAUGAAAGCCUUGCUCUUUUCUUUGGCUAAGCAAAAUUGUUAAUGUUUUUUUAAUCAAAUUAUUAAAGCUGCGCACCUU